AUGGGGGUGCUGCGAGCGCUCCGAGGUGGGGACCGGCACCGCGCUCAGCACCACGCCUGCCAGCACGCUGGUGGGGGGGACAGGGACCUGCUGGUGCCCAUGUUCUUGGCACAGGGAGAGCCAGGGUCACGCGCUUGGGGCCAGCCCCAAGCUGCCCCGGGCUGCUCUUCCCCAGGCUGCACAGAGCCGGCUCCACCGGCCUCUCCUGCGGGCCCAUGCUCCGGCUGGGGAGACGUUUGCCCGACUCGGGGCCCGUCCCUGCGGCUGCUGGAGCGAUGCAAACCCUCGGUUGCUUUCCUUCCAGGUUUCUUCACUUGGGUAGGUGCCCAGUCGGGACCUGCGCGUGGCGAGGACGGUGGCAAGGCGGCCGGGUCUGUCCCUGUGGCCAUCGCUACCUUUGCCACCGUGGUGACUUCUCUGUUGAACCGGCUGCAAGACGCCGAGGGCAGCAGAGCGGAGACCUACCGCGAGCUGGAGAGCGUCUUGUGGGGCGACGAGAGCCAUCUGCAGAGCUCUGAGGUGGACAGAGUGAUAGCAGUGGCGUUGGAGGACCUGCGAGCGGCCCAGGGUGGGACGGCCUCCGUGAGGACGGCGGCUAGUGAUGUCCUGGUGGCGCUGGCCCGCUCCCACUUGUGCGACGUGGUGUCGGCGCUGCAGGGCCACCUGAAGGCCCUGGAGGAGACGUCGGAGGAGUUUGUCCUCAUCACCCUGCGCAACCUCGCCACACGCUACGCUGUGGCCCUGGCGCGGCAGCGCUGCCGGGGGAUGGAGCCCGCGGGCCAAGGCGGCUCUGGCUGA